AAUAUAAUUAAUAAAUAUCUUGUUCUUUACUUAUCACGAAUCCCGAGCCGGCCGGUAAACUAAAUCUAUCUGUUGAUAUACUUAGUGAUAUACCUACCACGACCCAUGAUUAUGAUUGGAAUAAAAAAUUUAGCACACAUAUUAUGAUGAUAAGAUAGUACAGUAAUCAUGACAAUGCAAAGUGGUGUGCUAUGCGUUCAAAUAUCGUAACAUAAUCUCACCGCGCGGGGCCGCGCCACGUCGAUGUUAUUCAACCGGCGACUUCCGAGACGAGUACAUUACUGUUCGAUGCCGCGUCACUAAUUCACACAUAAAAAUGGUGUCGAUAGAUUUAUCAAAUCCAGCUGUGCAAUCAUACAUCCUAUACUCUGGAAUUUUGGGACUAAAACUUUUGAGUGUGACCGUUUUAACUACGCGAGUGCGUAUGGCAAAGAAAGUGUUCGCCAAUGAAGAAGACGCUAAAAAAACCAAAGGAAAGGUUAAGUACGAUGAUCCCGACGUGGAGCGAGUCCGACGCGCGCACUUGAACGAUUUGGAGAAUAUUCCAGCAUUCUGGGUUCUGGGCGCUUUGUAUCUGACGACUUCUCCCGCGGCGGCGUGGGCCACGCUGCUAUUCCGAGUGUACACAGUGGGUCGAGUGUUGCACACUAUCGUGUACGCUGUAAAGCCGCUGCCGCAGCCAGCCCGGGGCAUCGCUUUCGGAAUACCAUACCUUAUCACUUUAUACAUGGGCGUUAAAGUUGUGAUGCAUUAUAUCAGUGCUUUCUCUUACAUUCUGUACUCUGCAAUUUUAACUUUGAAACUAUUGAGUGUAACAAUGUUAACAUCGCGAGUGCGGUACAGUAAAAAAGUGUUCGCCAAUGAGGAAGACGCAAAAGCCGUCAAGGGCAAAAUUAAAUUCGACGACCCCGAUGUUGAGAAAGUUCGACGCUCGCACUUGAAUGAUUUGGAGAAUAUUCCUGCGUUCUGGUUGCUGGGCGCUCUGUACCUGACGACUUCUCCUUGGCCGGUAAUAGCCACACUACUGUUCCGAGUGUACACAGCAUUCCGAAUACUAUAUACUAUCGUAUACGCUAUAAUACCACUGCCGCAUCCAGCUCGGAGCAUCGCUUUCGGUAUCCCAUACGUAAUCAAUGUAUAUAUGGGUGUACAAGUGAUCCUGCAUUAUUUAAGUGCAUUGUGAAAAAGACAAUUUUAUGUUGGUAACGUCCAAACGAAAAUUAAUUGUGCAGUAUAGUAUGUCUUAAUUAUUUUGUUGAAUGGAUUUUUUUUCUAAAAUAAUUAAUACGUUCUUACUAUUAUAGUAGAAAAACAUUAUGCUAAUAAUAUUUUUUGGGGAUUUGACAGUAAAUAAUAUUCUCGUUAUGUUAAUACAAUACUUAAUUAUUAUACUUAUAUAGUUUUGGAAAAUCCUGUCCCAAUCCGACUAAUGUCGGAAAAUGUGUAUUUUUUUAAAUGUUUAGAUAUAUUUGUCCCAAAUAAACGUACAAACCGCUUUGCCUCUUUCUAGAAAAUAGUAAGUAUAAAAAUAGUAAAUUUAUCCAAUUCAUUAUGAUAUCUUAGUAUAUUAUAAUAUUAUGACAAAAUUCAUAGCCCUGGGAUACGACGAAAUUAUUAAAAUAAAAGAAAUGAAAAUUG